GGGAGGGGGGCAGCUCUCGCCUCUGCGGAUACACACUAGUGAAUUUCUACAACCGUUUUCUGGCUGUUUUCACUAGCAGUGGCGAAAGGGACAAAUGUUGAAAUCCGACUCGGAGAUCUGUGAAAUCCCCCGGUCAUAUGCGCCGAAUCCUUCACGUUAUUCUAGCGGCUUGUUUGCAUAAAGAGGACGGCAAUUCACAAUAGCUCACCAGCGUUACGCCAUGGGUAUUGGUUAGCUAGCGAGGCUGUUGUGUCUGAAUUGUUGGAGCUCGUGUAAGCAAUAAUAGCCCUUAUUGAUCUACGGAGCCUGGUGAAACAUGCUGAUCUGCACUCGAAUGGUGGCAAGCCUUGGUUCUAAUCUGUCUCUGAGCAGGGAAUGAUCCUGCCUCUCCUGUUUUCCCAGUUGAUGGCGAACUCAUGACCGUGUAAAACUGGUUGGAGAUCCGUUCUCUGAGGAGAUGCUGAAGAGAAGUCCAUUGCUAUGUGAUUCUCUCAGUUGCUCAUCAGUUUCACUUUGGAGCUUCAAAUAUGCUGAGCUAUGGUGCUACUAAUCCAUAGCUUUAGCAUUAACGACAGCAGCUGCCUCUGCAUGAUCGUCACAGCCAUGCUGAAACCUGCUGGUCCACAGAUGGAUUGAUGCCUGAAAGCAGUUAUUGGCAACUCUGCCCUUCCUCAAAUUCUGGUGUGCAGGGCGUGCUGAGUUCCAGCUUCCCCCCCGGCCCUGUGCCUCUGGGAUCUUCUGCUUCCCACCUGCCGGAGGGGGACAACCUGAAUCGCCCGCUCGCCCCGAGCACCUCUGUGACGGACCUGUCUUUUCCCGGGCCUCCGCCUCCCCCCCCGCCACCCCCCAAACGCCACUGUCGUUCGCUGUCUGUGCCGGAGGACCUCUCACGCUGCCGGUACACCUGGCGGCCAAGUGCCUCCAAGGUCUGGACACCAGUGAACCGCCGAUGCCACAGUGGAGGGGGCGCGGGGGGGCCAUGUCCGCUGCGUGCCCCCAGUUCCUCUCUUAAUUCCUCUCUGCAUUCUUCCUCGAGCCCCACUUUCUUCAGCUUGGCCCUUUCCCCAGAUUCCCCUCUGCCAUGGAGUUUCCCCUGGGACCCGAGUGACGCAGCUGGAGGUGGCGCCUGUUGUUGCUUCUUCCCUUCUGCUUCCUCGUGCUCUUCCUCUCCGUCUCCUCUUCACCCCCCUCCUCCUCCACAGCGACGCUUCUCGCUCUCUCCCGUGCUCAUCCGCGAAGCCGCCGCACACUUCCUUCCUCCACCCCAGGUGCCCCUACAGCCUGCGUCCCAUCCUCCAGCCGUGCCCGCCUCGCCGUCCUCCGCAUGCAGCACUCCAUCUUCCGUGCGCCGCGCUCUUCCUCCUCAACUUCCACGCUGUCACUCUCAGCCAUGUGACCUCCUCCUGCUCAAGCCUGGCCUGAAGCGUCGCAGGGACCCGGACAGACCAUGUGCACGGCCUGUGCUAGACUUUGCAAAAAUGACACAGACCCGAAGCACAGAUCCCCUCAGCUGUUUGGACCGUGGUAGACUCGCCUGCGGAGGUGACCUCUGCAUGGGCCUCGAACCUUUUUUUGGAGACUUCAGAGGGUCAUGUUCACCCGCUGAAGGUUUAGGAAGGACAAGUAUUGGACCACUGAGUGAAAGUGAUGAGGAAGAGGAAGAGGAGGAGAGGGAAGAGGCAGACUCGUCACGUGAUGGAGGACAGCAAAGUGUUUUUGAGAGGGAUUGUACAGAAUUAGACAUUACUCUCAUUGAGGAGAAUUGAAAAAAAAAUGUGUAAAGGAAACUUUUUUUUUUCCUCUCACCCCUCUCUUGCAUUGCCAGCAUUCAACCCAUUUGUUCACCACCUGCUACAUUGGCAGGCCUCUCAGGAACUCUGCUGCUCUCUCACGAGCUGUGCAGGUGUAUAAAAUCUCAUUGAUGCAUAAAUGAAGACAUGUUGACUAGUAGCAGUUAUUACAGGUUAAUGCAGUUGGUUAUGGAUGUUGACCCGAUAUCAUAUUACAUUCCAGAAUCAGUUGCAAAGAAACACUAAGGAUGUGAAUAUUAGACAGCUGGUGGACACUCGCUAGGAAAUUUAGAUGUUCUCUAAACUCUAAAUUAAAAAAAAAAAAAUCACUGAAAGGCAGAAUUCGAGGGGAACUAAGCGUCUUGAGCUUCUUGCUGUGUUUCUUUUUCUUGUCUUUUUUUUCUUUCAACAUGUUUUCUUAGUAGAAAUAGUCUUUCGUGGAUGAUAGUUAUGAAUAACAGUGUUUUUGUUCAGUUUGAAUAAAAAAAAGGUCAACAUGAGAGCUGUACUUUACUCUUUGGGCCUUUCUACUUCCUGAGAAAAGUCCAUCUAAUUCAGCAUAAGCCUUAAGAUGCCUUUUUCCUUUAUCAAAAAGACUCUUGAAGGAAAUGACUUGUGUAUCUGUUGUCCUUCCUACUGUUACUUUUUUGCUGUCUCUUUUUUAUCUUUUAACCUGUACAAUGCAUUCCUCGAAAAAAACUGAAUACAUUGAGUGAUGCACUGUAUUUUGAGGCAGAAACAGGAAAAAAACAACCAACCACUGUAUUCUGAAGGCACACUGAAAUGCUGAACUCAUCGCAUUGUACAGUAUUUGUUCGAAACAGAUUGACUGAAGAUGGUACCUUGAAGAGUGGAAGGUAUUUUUUUCUGUCUUUUUCUGUUGUAUGUGUAAUAAGAUUGAAAGUUCUGAUUCAGUUUAUGCAUAAAUAAAGUUUAUUUGAAAUUAUUUUACAGAGAAAGUCAAA